AUGCCUUAUAUCGCGCGGACAAGUCCCCUUUCUGGGCUAGCUCUCAGUGGUGGACUCAUUGACCCCCGAGCCGGUGAACAGUCCCAUUUCGACAAACGAAUGAACUGCCAGGAUAUCACCGACCUCAUCUCCAACCCCGAAAUUUCGCCUUUGAAAUCGAAAAACGAAAUGGUUGGCACUAGUCCCAAUACUCGGAGUAUGCCGCGCCGUAAGCCAGGGACCGAGUACCAGGCCAAAUUCGACAAGAUCCUGUCCUGUUCGAGAAAGAUUGGCCUGAGUUCGAGAAAGAAGAGUUCAGACCAGCCGCUAUCUGACCUUGUGCCAGGAUUAAUUACCUGUGGUGGUCUCAGUCGAUCGCCGGCUUUCGAUUGUCUGCCUGUCGUCUCCCACUGGGGUGAUCGAACCGGCGAGACUUCGGCAGAGGACCCUAAUGCCACCGUCAGCCUUGCCUCAACCUGGGGCACCACCCAUCUCAUCGGAGAAGGAACUACUAUGGCUUGCCCUCUUGGAGCCCCCUGUUGGUCACUCAAGACUCACGGCAUCAGGCCGGUCGAAGCUGGGUCAAGUAAAUUCUCUCAGGAAUACCAUCCUGAGACUGACACGCUAACUACAACGGUCAACUUGGCUCGUCAUCUUGAUACCGCUCAGACUGGGGGAAUUAUUGCGGCCGCCUCAAGUAUCUCUUGGAUGCGCAAUACGCGCGUUGCAGAUACUGUCGAUUGUGCAAUUGGGUCUUUAGCCGACGUCGCAGUUAUUUUGGCAGCCCGUGAUAAGGUUUUCUCGACUGGAAAGACGGAGCACCUUCCAUUUGCGGAGGUGAGAGGGGUCGAAAUGCCCUCGUGGUGUUCUGCUCGGAAGCCCCUCCCGCCUAAACUGAGCGGAGUGGCAUUUUCGCCCGACCAGGCCACCAUAGACGUUAUCAAAUCACAGAAUUGCGAGGGCCCUAUGCUCAACACCAGCUAUUUUUUUCCUUGA